AGUGUAUUGUCAAUUCAGUCGUUUAAAUUUCCGGAGCUUACAUAAUCUCGUAAAGGCAGUGAGAACGCCUCGCCAGUCUGCGCCUGGACAAUUCUUCCGGUUCCUCGUAUCCUAAUUUAUAACACUCGUACCCAUACGUCUUGCACUAAUUUUGUAGUUAGCUGAUCUCUUAACAACACCGAUCGCGAGUUUUAAAAAUCUGAUUUUUAAAAAAUGGGUUUGCCGGGCGAUCCUACUGCUCCCCCGCCACCGUACCCUGCGGAAAACGGUUUGAACCUUAAUCAACCGCAAAUGUCGGCGCCGGGAGCCGGUGGAUUGGUGUCCGUGGACUUCAUUCCCAAUUUGACGAAGCCUGGCGGGAUUUUCACGUGGGCGGAGUAUGAACCAUUUCCGGUGAUUCUGCAGCGAGCGAAUGAGUGGCUCAGUAAAAACCCAAUCCUGAUGUUGAGAACAUGCGAGACGGUGGAAUUCAACACGCAGUCCAGUGGGGCAGUGGUGAACUCCAUUGAGUCGGUGUAUCAGCUGUACGGAGAAGGAGCGAACCGCUACGUCCGCGGAUUGCGAUUAUGGAUGCAGCCGCGCACGGAUGGCUCGUCGGCCAUUCAGCAGAUCGGCUACUACAACAUCAUGCCCAGCGUCCGUGUGGGCGUGUUCAGCGUGGACACCGCUGAACGUCUGGACACCCUCAUAGCGCAGGCCAACACCCUGUUCGCCACUAACCCCAUUCAAGGCAGCAUCCGCACCAUCGAGACGGUACCACUGCGUGUCGGCGCCAACGGCGUCGAUCCGGACUGCACGGCAUGGACCGAACGCGGUUCGACCAGCGAGACCUUUAUCUAUAUGCUGCGUAUCUUCUACGAAACCGGUCCACCGCAGUACGAAUCCAUCGGGAUUGCGGAUUUCGUGCCAGGCGUACUGAGCGAAGGCGGGCUGAUGGGUCGACCGGUCUUGGAACGGUUUCCGCAAGUGCUGUCCAAGGCGCAUCAAUGGUUGUUGAGCCAGACACCGCAUCUGCGCGUGGCGAAUGUCCAGACGCUGUACUACAAACAGCGGUGGACCACGCAUAUGGAUACGCUGCGGAUGACAUAUACGGAGAAUGAUUUGCAUUCGUAUUAUGUGCGCUAUUUGCGAGUGGCUUAUGCAUUGACAAACCCCAAUAUGCCGCCUCAAAAUACUGGCGGUCCGAUACGGUUAAAUUCUAAAUUGUUUACGCCGGGCAUGCUAGAGCCACCGGGAUGCUGCUCCGUUGGAAAAUUCGAAAACCAAAUUCAGGUUCGAGAGCGUAUGGCCGGAUGGAUGCGCGCAACAGGUGCAAAGGUCAUCUCCGUGGAAACGGUUCCCAUGCGGAUUUUCAGCGGCGCAGAGAACACCGAAGGUUUUGAUACAAUGCACACGUGGAAUAAAGUCGUGUCACACACGCACCAGCACGGCGGUGCUGGUCACCAUCAUCACGGCGGACACCAUCACCACCAUGGUGGACAUCAUCAUCAUCAUGUCAAUCAUCAUCAUCACAACGCUCACCAUCACCACCAUACUACGGGAAUUCACCAUAAUACGGGGAUUCAUCACGGACCCACCCACACUCACACGACAUAUUCCAAAGGCACGGAGAAUUAUCUGAUACUCUAUCGUGUAUACCUGGAUGGAGUCUAUCCGGAGCCGAUGGGAUACGCGGAAACCGGCACCAACAUCGAGAUGUACAUGCAGCAGAACGCUAACGCAUGUACAAUUUUGUAAAGAUUACGGGCAGAAUAUAUAGCAUGUUUAUUUUUGUUCUUGACAGUGAUUUUAAAUACAGUAUCAUUUAUAUGUGAGUAACGAGCUUCUUUUUUUCCUUUUUUAAAGCCGAGAAUGCUGUUUUCGGUGAAAAUGUGGGAAAGCUCUAAGAAUUGCACAUCAUAAAAAUUUGUGUCAAUGUCACCAUUUUUAAUGCUUUUUUAGCCCUUUAAUUUGUAGGGGAAUUAUUCUUGCACGAGCACAGAAUAAAUUUGUAUUAUUUGU